UAAAGCGGGUGAAGCAAUUCAUUGAUAUGCCUUUGGAUGUUGGUGCCCUAGAUGUGGUGAAGCGGCAAUUUGAGGAAGGUGGUAGUCGCUUCCCACAUGUUAUUGGGGUUGUGGAUGGCACACAUGUUGCUAUUCAGCCACCAAGACAUAAUGAAGAAAUUUAUAGAAACAGGAAACUGUUUCAUUCUCUGAAUGUAAUGGUUGUUUGUGGGCCAUCCCUCCAGAUCCUUUCCCUGAAUGCAAAAUUUACUGGAAGUUCACAUGAUGCAUAUGUCAUUAGACAAUCAGGGAUAUGGCAGAGAUUAAGAUCAAGUCAACGAGCAGACAUGUGGUUAUUGGGAGACCGUGGAUAUCCUUGCACCCCCUGGCUCAUGACUCCUUACCGUAAUCCCAGGCCAGGACCACAGAUGGCAUUUAACUCCGCGCUUACUGCCACUAGGCAGCUGGUGGAGCGCACAAUUGGUGUCCUUAAAGGGCGGUUUCGUGUGCUCCACCGCACUGGUGGCGACAUCAUGUAUUCGCCGGAGAUGGCAAGUAAAAUAGUGGUCCUGUGCGCAAUACUACAUAAUAUCGCGGUAAGGAGUAGUGUAGAGCUUCCUCAGGCAGAGGAAUUGCCUGAUGAGGAGCCAGGGGUUGUUCGACAUUUCGGUGGGGGGAGUGUUACACGGAGGGGGAGCCAAGUGAGGGCAAGGAUUGUUGCCGAAUAUUUCAGCUGAAUGAUCACACGAACUGUGGACAACAACAACGGCACAACUCUCCGCCCCCUUCCCCUUCCCAGUCCCCCUCCCCUUCUCACUCCCCCUCCCCUUCACAGUCCCCCUCCCCUUCCCAGUCCCACUCAGCUUCCCAGUCCCCCUCAGCUUCCCAGUCCCCCUCAGCUUCCCAGUCCCCCUCAUCUUCCCAGUCCCCCUCAUCUUCCCAGUCCCCAUCAGCUUCCCAGUCCCCCUCAGCUUCCCUGGCCCACUCCACUUUCCACUCCCCUUCUCACCACACCUCUCCAUCUCUUUCUGGGACCCCUUCUCCUCCUUCCCAUACCCCUUCUCCUUCAACUUCUACAUCACCAUCUCAACCCCCCUCACCCUCUAUUGCAUUAACUUUCUCUCCGCCCCCCUCGCCCUCUCAAU